AGAGCUCUCACUUCACCAAACCUAAAAGAAUUAAAUGCAGCAGCUGGAAUCACCCACCCUUCCUUUCCCUCCCCUCUCCCCAAACAAAUGGCUAAAUCCCUUCCUUCUCCCCCUCUUUCUCCUCCAUCUCUUCCUCUUCUUCUUCCUCCCCUCUUCUCCCAAUGUCCACCCCCGCCCCAGCCGCCAGCACCAACUACCUAACUAACCUUGGCCUCGGCUACGCCAUCGCCAUCGCCCUCGGUUUCCUCGUUCUCCUAUCCGCUCUCCUCCUCGCCUCCUACCUCUGCUGCCGCUCCCACCCCUCUUAUGAUAACCACCACCACCAAAACCAAAGCACCAACGAUAACAACAACCUCAACCCCAACGACGGCAUCAUCCUCCCCCGCAUAAUCUUCGUCGCCGAGGACGAAGACGAGGACCAAUCACGGGAUGGUAACGUCGCCGUCGGGCUCGACCAGUGCGUCAUCAACUCGUACCCCAAGUUCCCGUACGUUAAGGAUGACCGUGGUCUGGGUACAAGUAGCACGACAUGUUCGAUCUGCCUCUGCGAGUACAAGGAUUCGGAGAUGCUCAGAAUGAUGCCCGAGUGUCGGCACUACUUCCAUUUGUCCUGUAUCGACCCCUGGUUGAAACUGAACGGGUCGUGCCCGGUCUGCCGGAACUCGCCGCUUCCGACCCCGCUGUCCACGCCUCUAUCAGAGGUCGUGCCGCUCUCGCAGUACGCUGCGGAUCGGAGGCGGAGGAGGUGAUAGAUUUCUGGGGUUUCUUUUUCCAAUCUUUCUUUUUGGAUGGUUUCGAGUUUCGCUUUUCGCUUUUCUUCUUUUUGGGUUCCUUAUUGCGAGAAUGUGUAUAUGUCUGGAUAGGUAGGUGUUGAGCUUUUUGUUUAGGGUCUCGAAUCAAUCUUUGUUCUUGCUUGAUGAAUUUAGGGCAAAAAAUAUCAUUUUUUUUUUAAAGCUUUCAAUCUCAUGAAACAGAUGGAUUGCAAGUGUUUCACAGGUAUUGAAUUCUGGGGUUGAAUCAAUUUUGCCAAAUUGUAGGUUUCUACAUAUACA